AUGAUUUUCACAGGUACUAGUGACGGCAAGGAUGGUGCCGAGAGCCAUCACGAGCUGUGCAAAGAAGCUGUUAAACAACCUGCUCUGACCGAAAAGAGACAAUCAUCAUCCUGGCUUGGAAUGAAUGAGUUACAGCUUGAGAUUCAGCGCUUGACAAGCGACAUUGAUACGCGCAACGCUUACACCUGGAGUCUCGAGCGGGAUCAUGCUAAGGCUGCUUCCGUGGUAUUGGAGAACGAAGUACUUCGCAAAAAGGUGGAUGAGCUCAUCAAAAACAUGGAGAUUAAAGACGCCGAGCUAUAUACGCUCAAAAAUGCUAUGGCUAGCUCUGCCGAAACAACUGAAGAGGCAAAACACAUGCGCGCCCAGAUGGAGGCUUUCGCAUACUCCAAUAACAAAUUGAGAGAAACAAUUGCGAAACACACAGCUCAGGCCAACGAUGUUACUCGCCUCCAGGCUUCAGUCAGCGACCUGCAGGCGAAGCUCAAUGCUGAGGAGGAUACCAACAAACGACUCACUACAACACUCUCAGAGAAUACGGAUACAAUCAAAGAAAUCACUCGUGUAUCCGACGUUCUAAGAGCACAGAACAAAAGUCUUGUGAGCAAGGUCAACGGACUCCAAGAGGAUCUAGAUUCCACCGAGAAAGCUCGAGAUGGGCACUACAAAAACUACACCCAGACAUUGCAACGCUGCAACACACUCCAGCAGGAAACCGCUGCGCUAAAAGAAGAGAAACGAGCUCUCGUCGAGAAACUCAACAAUCAAUUACACAACCUGGGCGGUUGGGUCACAGAUCUGGACCUUAUGCAAGAGGAAAUUCGCAUCUACGUCUGCCCGCAUGACGGCUUGAGAACCAUCUACCCAGCAACGGCAAAAAUCACGCAGAUGAAGAAAGCCUGGAUGAUAGCAAGCGAGAUCUGGAAGCUAUGUGACAGCGAGAACAAGUUUCUGAAGGCUUAUGAGACAUCAAGACGAAACAUCUUGGAGCAUCACCGUGCACACGAGAGGGCGCAGCAUAAGAAUGGGCAUUGUAGGAAGAGGAUCAAGGCGGCGUUUGAAGAGCUGGAUCAAAAGAGGCAGUUUUGUACCAAGUACAACUGA